AAUUCUGCCUCCAACAACAAGAAGCAGGAGCCAGGCAACAUGGCCGACCUGGGGAAGAAGUACUGCGUUAACUGCCUUGCAGAUGUUACAAACCUGCGGCUUCGCUGCACCGACUGCCCCGAUAUCGAGCUGUGCCCGGAGUGCUUCUCGGCGGGCGCAGAAAUCGGUAAUCACCGGAGAUGGCACGGCUACCAGCAGGUCGACGGCGGUCGGUUCUCUCUCUGGGGUCCCGAGGCAGAGGGAGGAUGGACCAGCAGGGAAGAGCAGUCGCUACUCGAUGCUAUCGAACAAUAUGGAUUUGGAAACUGGGAGGACAUGGCCGCUCACGUUGGAGCAUCCCGUACUCCUCAGGAAGUCAUGGAACAUUAUGUCACCAUGUACAUCCAUGGAAACCUGGGUAAGGCCUGCAUCCCUGACAGUAUUCCCAACCGGGUAACUGACCACACCUGCCCAAGCGGGGGCCCCCUGUCGCCCAGCCUCACCACCCCUCUUCCCCCGCUGGAUAUCAGCCUGGCUGAGCAGCAGCAGCUGGGCUACAUGCCACUGCGUGACGACUAUGAGAUUGAAUAUGACCAGGACGCAGAGAAGCUCAUUAGCGGGCUGUCUGUGAACUAUGACGACGAGGAUGUGGAAAUUGAGAUGAAACGUGCCCACGUGGACAUGUAUGUGCGGAAACUCAGAGAGCGCCAGCGACGUAAGAACAUCGCCCGAGACUACAACCUGGUUCCUGUGUUCCUGGGUCGAGACAAGAAAGACAAGGAGAAGGAGAAACCAGGAGCGCUGGGAGUCAUAGGUGCUGCUGGUGGUGUGGGCGUGGUGGGAGCUGGCGGUGGUGCAAUUGGAUCAGGUUCCACAACAGCGGCGGGAUCAGGUACUGUUCCGAGUACACCCAAAAGAAAGAUCACCAAGGAAGAGAAGGAGCAGCGGGUCCGGCUGCGGGGGCUCUGUCAGUUCAUGGCCCAUCGGGAGUUUGAAGACUUCUUUGAGAACAUGCAUAAAGAGCGCGUGCUUAGGGCCAAGGUGCGUGAGCUGCAGCGCUACCGCCGCAAUGGCAUCACCCGCCUGGAAGAGUCUGCUGAGUAUGAAGCAGCGCGCCACAAACGGGAGAAACGCAAGGAGAACAAAAGUGUGGUCACCUCCAAACGGGGCAGCGGAGGAGGGGGCGGGCUUGGCUCGGUGAUGGGACUCGGAGGUGGAGCUGGAGGAGGAGGCGGCAUUGCAGGAGGGUUGGGGGUAGGAGGUGGGAUCAAAGAAGAGGGUAAAGAUGGUGAGUUUGCUGCCAUCGAGAAUCUGACGGGCUUUGAACUGCUGUCGGACAGGGAGAAGGUGCUUUGUAACUCUCUCAACCUCAGCCCGGCACGCUACCUGACUGUCAAAACCAUCAUCAUCAAAGAUCAUCUGCAGAAAAGGCAAGGCAUCCCGGCCAAGAGCCGACUGCCCAGCUACCUGGACAAAGUCCUCAAGAAGCGCAUUCUCACCUUCCUCACAGAAAGUGGCUGGAUAUCCCGAGACGCCUCUUAGCGGUCCAUCUUUGGUAUGGAAGUAAUAGGUUGAUGAUUGCUGAUAGCUGAUUUACUAUAAGCUCUACAAGCUGGACAAAACUACUGGCUUUCACCAUUUUUUUUCCCAAAGGUGACCUUGUGAAUAUGUACAUUGCGAAGAAAGAGGAUGCCCCGCUGGAAAGAAGUAUAUUUUCGUACCAGGGCUAGGAGCAAAAAUAAGCCUAUAUUUUUGCAUUUGAAAAGGGACAGGGGUGGAAUACAACUCUGUGGGUUCACAGUAUUUUGUGUCUAUAUUGUUACUACAGGAUGAUAGAUGCAAUGCUAACAAGUAUUCCGUAGUUGCAGAGAGAUUGUAGUGUUAUUGCAACAGGUUCAUUGAAGCUGUCUAUGGAGAAAUAAUAGUUUAAAUCCUACAUCGCAUUUACUGGAAAUAGAAUGUUUGACAGCUAUGGCUCUGAUGGGCGAUCAAAAUGAUCACUGUUGUGGUUGCAGAUGUUUUGUCAGUAUCUCACAGACUCUACCUAUUUUGGUCAACUUUAUUAGGUGUUUCACCAGUUAAAGCUGCAUUUGGUAACUUUUCAGCAGGAAGUAGCUGUUGGAAAUUUCUAACAUUUUAAGGCCUUCAAUUUCCUAGAAAUUGUCAUGCAACUUAAGUAAACUCUCAGUUCUCUGACUCAUUUCUUUCCUUCUUACUGCCUACAAGAGAAGGAAAAGAAAAAGCAGCAGGGUGCAACUACCGUCGAGCACUUGCUGCUGCCUGAAGGCAAUUUAUAUCAGUCCGAUGUGUCCGACUGAUGCAUCACCAUGGAGCUAGAUUGAUCAGUUGGCUGAUGUGAUAAAACUGCUGGGUAUUAGCUCAUCCCAGAUUUAUCGGGUAUCAGUAUGGGGUCAUAUGCUGGCCAAUAAAUAACAAGAAAUGCCAAAGAUAUGUUAAGAGAUCAUGUAGAAACAGUGUUGCCAUUACACAGUCUGUCCACCAGAGAACACAGACAAGUUUAUUUUUCAAAUGCAAAACUUCCCACUCAGUACAUACCUUGGUGACGAUUCUUUUGAUCAGUAAAUUUAAAGGAUCCUGAUGAAAAAUAUUCAUUGAGAUUAUGUGUUUGUUUAAAAAAAAAAAAAAAAAAAAUUCUCUGUAACAUUAAGUAGUCACACCAAAUAAGCAACAAUACGAGUUAAAAAACAUCUUUAGCUGUUUUUUUAUUAAGAGUGUAACACUCAAAAACUCUGCUUCAUCAGAACUCUGUUGGUGUGGUUUGAUCAGAUCUGAUAGUCAGCGACCAAACCUUCCAUCAGCUGUCUGCGAUGAAAGUGUUGCUAAAUCCUGAUUGGUGCUUGGAAUCAUGUGAGACAUCAUGAAAUCCUGAAAUGUAACAUUUUUCCAACUGGGUUACUUCAAAUCAGUAACAACAGCACAGAGAAAACAAACACAGACAUCACUUCUGUGAAAUAACCACAACUUUGGCAGAAAAACCUUUGUGUUUUUGUAGGAUCCCAUUACUCAUAGGAAGAAGCUGACCGAGAAAAUAUGUAUUUGGGGCCUUAAGUGAUCCGUAUCAGCCUCCCAAAUCCUGUAUUUUAUUUAAGCUGUUUAGCUUGUCCCCCUGAAAUUUUUUGGAGCGCCACUUUGUGCAUUUGGCCCAAAAAAACGUUUCUUUUACAGAAACGUCUCGUGCAGCUUAGCACAGAUUUAAAAGUUCUACUGACCACUGGGUACGAUACAGGUAAAGAAGCCGAAUGUGUAAGGUUAAUGUGUUAACCAUGGUUACUCAAACGCUUAAGCACAAUUCCAGAUUGUUUU